AUUCUUAUUCUAUGUUACUGUUGCAUUCUCUAAACUAUGAAACCAAUCAAAUUGAGAUUAUCACUUUUAUUCUUGUUACUGGCCUCUAAAUCCUUCAUUGCAGAAUCAAAAUGCAACAAAACUUGUGACUUAGCUUUAGCUUCCUAUCAUCCGAUGAAAGAUUCAAACUUGACAUAUAUUUCGGAAAUCAUGAAAUCCAACCUUGUUUCAAAACCGGAAGAUAUUUUCAUCUACAGCACAGAUACAAUGCCAAACCAAAAUUUUGUCCGAGCCAGUUCAAGAGUGAAUGUUCCCUUCCCUUGUGAUUGCAUCAAUGAUGAGUUUCUUGGUCACACUUUUCUAUAUGAGCUUCAGCCAACAGAUACCUAUGCUUCAAUUGCUGAGUUCACUUUUAGAAAUUUGACCACUAAGGAGAGGAUCCAAAGAGACAACGUUUAUGCAGAAAACUUUAUUCCUAAGUUUGUGAAGGUUAAUGUUACUGUUAACUGUUCCUGUGGGAACAGAGAGGUUUCCAAUGAUUAUGGAUUGUUCAUCACAUACCCUCUUACUUCUAAGGACACUUUGGAGUCUAUUGCAAAGGAUACCAAGCUUGAUGCUGAGUUGCUGCAGAGGUACAACCCUGGUGUGGAUUUCAGCCAAGGAAGUGGUCUUGUUUUUAUUCCAGGGAAAGAUGAAAAUGGAAUUUAUGUUCCCUUGUGCCCGACCCCUAGAAAAGCAGGUCAUUUAGCUAGGAGUUUAGCUACUGCUGGAAUAUCUAUUGGAGGAAUAUGCAUGGUUCUGUUAUUAUCAAUUUGUAUAUAUGUUCGAUACUUUCGAAAGAAGAAUGGAGACGAGUCUAAUUUGCCACCAAAUGGUUAUAAAGAUGCCAAUGAUGAUACUGGAUCCAAAUAUAUUUUUGAGGACAAAUUGCCAAAGUUUUCGUAUGUAGAACUCGCCAAUGCUACAAAUAACUUCAGUCUGGCUAACAAAAUUGGUGAAGGUGGUUUUGGUGAAGUCUACUAUGGAGAGCUGAGAGGGCAGAAAACUGCAAUAAAAAAGAUGAAGAUGCAAGCAACAACAGAAUUUCUUGCUGAACUGCAAAUCUUAACAAAAGUUCGUCACUGGAACCUGGUACACUUGAUUGGAUAUUGUGUUGAGGAAUCUCUAUUCCUUGUGUAUGAGUACAUGGAAAAUGGAAACUUAAGCCAACAUAUACAUAAUUCAGGGAGAGAAGCGAUGGCGUGGGCUACCAGAAUGCAAAUUGCUCUUGAUGUAGCAAGAGGCCUUGAAUACAUUCAUGAGCAUUCAGUGCCUGUGUAUAUCCAUCGCGAUAUAAAACCAGAUAAUAUUUUAUUAAAUGAAAAUUUCACUGCAAAGAUUGCAGAUUUCGGAGUAACCAGGCUUACGGAUAUUGCAAAUUCAGCAGAUCAAACUCAUCAUAUGGCAGGCACAUUUGGUUACAUGCCACCUGAAAAUGCAUACGGACAUAUUUCUCGCAAGAUAGAUGUAUAUGCUUUCGGAGUUGUUCUUUAUGAACUAAUUUCUGCUAAAGCAGCUGUGAUCAAGAUCGAUAAAACCGAGUUCAAGAGCCUGGAGAUUACGACCAAUGAAUCUAUCGAUGAAUAUUACACGAGUCUUGUAGCUUUGUUUGAUGAAGCUAUUGAUCAAGAGAGAGAUCCUAUAGAAAGUCUAAGAAAGUUGGUGGAUCCAAGGCUUGGAGAUAAUUAUUCAAUUGAUUCCAUUAUCAAGAUGGCACAGCUUGCCAAGGCUUGCAUAAAUCAAGAUCCGAAACGACGUCCGACAAUGAGAGCUGUUGUGGUUUUUCUUAUGACACUAAAUUCUACAAUUGAUGAUGGAAGUAGCACUGAUAAUGCAGCAUUGACUCUGGCUAUGGAGCAUGACUAAUACUAUUAUAAUUUGCACUGGUUGUCAAAUUUAUCAUAAGAGAAGAUUAACAAGAAGAAAAAAAAAACUUUAAUGUUAGAUAAUGGUUUGUUGAAAUUUUUGCAUACAUGAUUUGUUUUUAAUUACAAAGAAAUUAAGUUUGGAACCAAA